UAUAGGAUUUCUUAUAGGGACAAGAUCAGCAUAGUUUAUAGACCUUUGGCUUUCUUUUCACAAUUUUAAGGUCUCCUGUGUGAACACUGUGAUGGCCAGGGGUCUUCAUGUUUUACUGCUGUGCUGCCUGCUGCUGGUAAUCAGGGCCCAGAGCUGGUCAGUGGACAUGCCUGCUGAGGUGGUGGGCCUGGACGGCUCCUGUGUGCUCCUCCCCUGCUCCUUCACCAUACCACUGGAGUAUGAACGCCAUUUGAACCACUCCUGUCGGGCCAUGUGGAAGAGAGGGAGCUGGAGCCGCACUCUGGUCUAUGACUCCGGGGCCAGUGCCCAAGCCAACGUGGUCCAGGGGAAUCUAACCGGCAACCUGCAGAGCAACGACUGCACCACCGUCCUCUACGGUCUGCCCCCACACCACUACGACCACUACUACUUCAGACUGGAGUGUGAGCAGCUCAAGUACAACUAUCCUGAGAGUGUGCUCAUUCGGAUUCAAGGGGCCCUUCCCAAACCUACACUGAGUCCGUCCAGUCUGGAAGUGGAGGAGGGGUCCCUGGUCACUCUGAACUGCACUGCUUUGGCCCCAUGUCCCACUGAGGCUCCAGUAGUGGAGUGGAGCCCAGCCAUAGGAGAGGAGCUGGAGGUUAUGGAGAGGGGAUUUGUGUCAUCCAUUUUGAACUUCUCUGCCUCUCACCUCCAUAACGGACUCACGGUCUCCUGCAGCGCCCUCUACAGUCGACUUGCUGUCAGCACAGAGCUGCUAUACGAGAACAGUCUGACUCUACAUGUGCGCUACCCUCCCAAGAACACGUCACUGCUCAGUCCCGGCCCUGUGAGGGAGGGCAGCCCUGUCACUCUAAGUUGCUUGGCUGAUGCUAAUCCGGCCGUGGACGGGUUCUCCUGGUACACACUGGAUGGAGAUCAGGUAACAGCGGUGGGCUCCACGCAGAACUACUCCACCACUGCCUCGGAGGCUCAAAGGCACUUCUUCUGUCAAGCCCACAACAAAUAUGGCCACCAGAACUCCUCCAUCACUCACCUGGAUGUGCAGUUUCCUCCUAAGAACACAUCUAUAGUGGUCGACCCUCCCAGGGCAGUGGUGGAGGGCAGCUCUGUGUCCCUGCUCUGUGUGACCCGCUCUAACCCCCCGGUGCUCCAAUACUCCUGGUACAGAGAGGGGCAGGAACAGGCUGAGGUGAGAGGGGCCGUCCUGGUCAUUGAAACGGCAGACCACAGCCACAGCGGGGCCUACCAUUGCGAGGCCAGGAACCAGCUGGGACAGGAGCAAUCGCACACAGUUCAGCUGGACGUUCAGUAUCCCCCAAGGAAGACUCUGGUGUCUAGCUCCCCCUCUGGUCCGGUGGAGGAUGGCAGCCUGGUGAAACUCUCCUGUUACACAGACGCUAACCCCUCCUCAGUAGACUUCAGCUGGUACAGAGUGUCCGGGCGCCUCAGGGUCUUAGUGGGACAUGGAGCAGAGUACAGCCUCAGUGUGACCAAGCUGUCCCAGGAUCAGUACUACUGCGGAGCGCUCAACGUGCAUGGAGUGGAGUUCUCCCAGCCUGUACGCAUCAAUGUCACAUUUGCGCCAGAGAUCCUGCCCUCCUCCCGCUGCGUGAAAACCCUCUCCCAGAUCCGCUGUACAUGUGACAGUCAGGGCAACCCGGGGCCGUGGCUCCAGUGGGAAGUGUCUGGGGAUAGGGUGAACCACUCGGCCCUCACCCCCAUCACUGAGGUGCCCCUGAGCAGUGGCGGUGUGAGAAGCACCAUCACCCUGCAUGCUCUGGACCAGGGCAUGCCCUCCCUGGUGUGCCACAGUGUGAACCAGCUCGGGUUGGACAGUCUAGUCUACAACGUGUCCUCAAGUCAUGUCCAACUAGGCCUCCAUGCCUUGUCUCUUCUGGUUGGUUCUGCAGCUGGAGCACUGGGGAUGUCUGUGCUCUGCCUUCCACUUCUGCUCUUCUUUUACAGGUUAAAAAAAUAUAGAAUAGAUAAACUAAUUACAACUGUGUCAGAAUGGUCCACAAUAUUUGAAUAA